CCCAGAACUUCUAUCGGAUGUGGCUUUGACCCCCCACCGUGUGCCCAAACCUCGUCUCUCAAUCAGUCCAUCAAAAUGGAUUCCAUAAGGGAAGCCCUGGCCAAAUAUGGCAACACCUGGAAUAAUGAGGUGCCUCCUGCGCUGGCCAAGCUCUACGGGCCCGUCCAGGCCAAGCUCAGCAGCAAGUACGACGGCAAGAUCGAGGCCGAGACUGCCAUAAAGUACGGGUCAGACGCAAGGAAUCGUCUCGAUGUCUACAAGCCAGCAGAGGCAGACAAGUCCAUGGGCCCUGGCAGACCUGUUAUGGUCUUCAUCCACGGCGGUGGCCUCGUGGCUGGGGACAACAACAUGUAUGCUAACAUAGGCAACUACUUCACCAGCAAUGGCUUCAUCACAUGUCUUGUCACAUACCGCCUGGCAUUGCAGGGCGGCCACCAUCCCAACGGAGCCGAAGAUGUCGCCGCAGCCCUCCAGUGGAUCCAAGCCAACAUCUCCAAGCACGGAGGGGACCCAGACAAGAUUGUUGCACUCGGCCAGAGCGCAGGCGGAUUCCAUCUUGCUACUGCAAUGUUCCUUGGCAAGCUCGACCCCAACCCCAAGCCAAUCCUCCGUGGUGCUGUGCUCCUCUCGGCCCCCUUCACCACAAGCAUCAGCGACCCCAGCAGGGUGCAAAUGCUCAAGGAGUGGUUCCAGACGAACGACCUGUUCGAGAUCAACCAGCGCUGGGCCCCUGCUGCCAUUUUCCGCCAGCAAUAUUUUGGCUCUGCAACAGCCCCACCUCGCGAAACGCUCCCGUGUGAGCUGCUGGUGAUGGUCGGCGAGGCCGAAGCCGAUGAGAUCCUCGAUGGCACCUUCGAAUUCUUGAGCGACUACAGGAAGAGGUUCUCCAAGUUGCCCGUCUUGGAGGUGCUCAAAGGCCAUAACCAUGUAUCAUAUACAUUUGGUAUGGGCCUGGACGAGCCAGAGUACGAAGCUGUGGGGUCGAGACUUGUUUCAUUUGCCAAGGAGAAUACGGCAUAGUUCAGUAUCAUUUGCUGUGAGAUAUGGCAUAUGCUAUCGUUGGUUUUUGCUUUCUCAAUAUGUGUCCAGUAAUAAUAAUUACACCAAAUGCAUUGCUGGGUUGGGUAA